CCCAUGGCUCCGCCGUCGAGUGUUGUGUCCCGUCGCAAAUCUUGAGCCGGGUACAUUCAAUAAGAAUGGCCGGGGAUCCUCAAGACUCCAGGAUAAGGUUGGAGCCCGACAGAGUGUUCAGUCUUUUUGCUGAGGUCGCGCUGCCGACGCAAAAUAAUGAGCAGCCGUGGGUGCUCCGGACUUUUCCUCAAAAUUUUGACAAGCAUCAGAUUCUCAAAAUGGUCGCACAGUCAGCCGUUCCCGUAUCGGCCGAGCAUGCCGCCUCAAUUUGUCAGGGCAUGGUCACUCAUUUUUCCUUUGUCAUCACUGCUGUCGACUCAAAGUGGAGCUUCGGUUUUGUGCGGCAUACGCCUCAGGCCCCUACAUGCCUGGUUCUAGUCUCUGACCUCCCUUGGCAUGACACGUUUUAUCGUCUUCUGAAUCACAUCGCCGACUUGACUGCGAAACGAGAAGACUUUCUGGCGGAGGAUUUUCUUGAUAAUCUAUACAGAGCGGCCGUCCCUCAGCCGGGAUUUCAACUGUUGAUAAACUAUAAUCAUGGACGGUCCGCCUGGUCCUGUAUCACCUGUGAUCAUACAGCAACACCUUCGAUCCCGGAGGAUCGAAAUCUUACCGAAUAUUAUAACGCUUGCGAUCAUAAUAUUAUGAUCCAGAUAUUCACUGCGAUGUUGCAUGAAAGAAGGAUUGUCAUUGUGUCCAGACGUUUGAAUCGAUUGUCCUCGUGUGUUCAAGCCGCCAAUUUGUUAAUAUAUCCCAUGCAGUGGCAACACCUUUUCAUACCGGUUCUUCCGUUGGGACUCGUGGACACCCUCAACGCACCAAUGCCUUAUCUGAUUGGUGUGCCCUCUUCGACAUGGGAACGCGUCCGUCAGUCAGAGAUGGGUGAUGUCGUCAUCUAUCACGCGGACCAGAAUGUUUUUACGAACCCGUUCCAUGACCGGCUACCUCAGGACUUGGAACAAAGCUUGAAACACAAGUUGAAGAUACCUGACGCUCAAUUAGGUGAUAAUUUUGCUCAGGCAUUCAUGCACAUCCUCGUCGUACUCAUUGGCGAUUAUCGUUCCGGCUUCUGGAUCAACCCCCAAACCGGAAGUGUGGAUUUCGACAGGGAGCGUUUCUUGUUGUCCCAACCCUCGUCGUUGCGACCUUUUCUUGAAGGAAUGCUCCAGCUGCAGAUUUUCGCUGAAUUUGUAGAAAAUAGAAUGCGUAGAGUGAACGAGCCCAACAUGGAUCGCUUCGAACUAGACGCUGCCAUUUUCAAGAAAAAUCCUCAUAAGUUCAAGUACAAGGAGUGGCUCCAACAGAAACCCGCCUCAGCAGUACGCUCCGCAUACAAGCAAGUGAAGCAAACCGGAAAUCUGGUCAAAGAUAAGGGCAAGAAAGCCUACAAAGAGAUUCAGACCAAGAUAAACAGCGCAGGUACGCACGAAAAGUUCCCGCGACGGCAUUCCGGUGUGCCUCCGACCUUGCAACGGAUGCAUACUUCGCCCAGUAUCAGGUUGGGUCCACCCGAGCGUCCACCCCCUCCUGAGCGACCCAUUCCCCCUCGGAGGCCGACUUCUCCCCCUCCGGCAGUCCCUGUCGUGAACGAUCUUAUUUGCCUCGAAGAUUCACCGCAGAAGAGUUACGCUCCGGAAGGUUUCGAAGACAGAUUCGUUCUACCCACACAAAACGGCAAUGGCGCGUCACAACUCUUGAGUAGUUCAGCUCUGCUGUUCCAUCAUUCCGCAUCCGACAACGUUCUGAACACUAGACGCUAUUCCAUGGAUUUCGAUUACGGAGGAGAGCCGCAGGAGUACCUGACAAAAAUCACGAAUGGGCUCCGAAUAUCGUCAGAGCCAAGCCAAGUAAAUCCCGCGAGGGUCCGAAGCGCUACCCGAGCGGGCUUGCCGAUUCUGCAACCUCCACCACGGAAGGCGGACCUCAAGAGACCUUCUCAUCACCCUCCGCGACCGCCUCGAGGGAGCGCACUCCAUCUCUUGAACGACGAAACAAGAUUAGGACAGCCUCCUCCUGUUUGGGCACCUAGUAGACCGCCAACCAAUCCUUUCGCCAAUCCAAUAUGA